CACGCUCGAGGUGUUAGAUGGUGCCUGCUCCGAAAUCUUACUCGUGACCACGUAUGCUGGCGGACCGCAACAAUGCCACCAGACGGAAACCUUUAAAUUCUGGAAAGAUCAUGAAGAUACCUUUUCUCUCUUUUGUUGUAUUUCUGCCACUCGCAGCAUCCUUCAGCUCCAGAGCUACCGAGUACAGCACGUCCGUGUACUACGAUCAAUCCAAUGUGCGCGAUGCCAUCGAUCAAGGGUGCUACGAAUCGUCCACUUUUUGGUCACAACUUGACGUUUGCCUCCCUAGAUGGCGCACGGAUAAGGAUCUGGAAGGCUUUCAAGGCUUUUGCUACAAUCUACGAAACGAACGACCGGGUACUGAGGUCAUGCUCGACAACGGCCAGCAGCUUUUGACACAGUAUAUGUUUCCGGGUAUCGGACCGGCCGACGGCGUGGUGCGUACGGCAUACCCCGCUACCGAGUACGCCGAGCUCCAGCGUCUCCAAAAGCGACUGGCUAGAGACGUUAUGAGAUCCGGUCAACGGGAGCUUGAAAUCUUGCUGGAGGCGAAACCGCUAGUUAGCGAUGACGACGACUUCGCUGGGAUCGACGAAAACGACGGCGAUACCUGGCAACGCGCGGCCUGGUACGGAUGGCAGUUUCUAUCCUUGCGUGGGGCGAGCACUUUGAUGCCUGGAACAACCAAGGCUUUAAAAAAGGCCAUGGGCAAGUCGGGCCCGGCCCACCGCUUUGUGGGUCUCGCCCGACAGAAGCAAAAUUGUACGGGGAUCGAACAUUCAGACGGUCGAAACUACAUGCUCUCUACUUUGACCCCACUCCAGUGCGCGGAAGGGCGUGGAAUUGUCGUUGACGGAAUUGAAACUCGUAUUGUUCAAGGAGGGACGCCGGUUAUUCUGUACAACACAUUUCGGCACCACGUCUUCAAUCACGGGACCGAAGAUCGGCAUUGUCUCAUGUCGGAAUGCUGGCAUCCUGCUUUGACGCUGAAGGAACGCGAUGCCCUGGCGACUUUAUUUGCUGCCAAGGAUCGAUUUACGGUGCAAGAAUUGGCCUUGGCACCCUGGGGGUUUGACGACGAAAGCUUGGAGUUCGCUCUUCGCAGCGGAUCCGUCAGCAAUUUAGAUUUUUGGAAAGACUUUGGUUACGAUCGAGAACUUGCAAAGGCUACGGAGUUGUUCAAAGAGGGCAAGCUUCGCAAGGGUUCGAACAAGCGCAAGGGCACCAAGAAACCCAAAGGGUUUGGCCAGUAGAAAACAAUGCACCUUAUACUCUAAUUACCUCGGCUUUAUUCAUGCAUCCGUUGCAAGCGCCUUGUCUCUUGACACCAGGGAUCGAA